AGACGCGUCCCUGAAUAAUAAAAUCGAUUUUUAAUAAUCAUAAUGAAAUAAAUCGUUCAGUGUGUUUAUGAAGAUCGCGUAGUGUGCUUAGCUCAUUGUGAGACAGCGCACGAUGCUGUACUGACAAGAAUAUUUCUUGGUUUAUCAGUUGUUUGUCAGUUUACGUUUGGGAAAUCCGUUAUUUCUGUUUACGGUCUUAUGCUAUAAUAUAUCCUUUAUUAAUGUGAUAUAUUUUAAUCCUUAAACAAACAAAAUCGGAGCAGUUUAUUUAUAAAACCCAUGAGACCACUAUACGAGGUUGUUUUAUAAAGAAAGGUUGUCGUAAUUGAUUCUUAGAUACGCUUUAAUCGUUGAGGCGUUAAGUAAAAUGAGUUCGCAAGGUAAAAGUAGCCUGGGAAGCUGUGAUAGUGAUGAGAAGAAAUAUGAGCUGGUGCCUCCCGAGGGCGGCUGGGGGUAUGCGGUUUGCGUUGGCCUCUCUGUUAUUUUUAUCGCUGGUACAGCCCACCAACCGGUCUUUGGGUUUAUAUACAAUGACUUUCUAGACGAGCUGGGCGUGGGUACAGGCGCUGUGACAGUGGUAUACGGGGUGUUUCAAGUUACACUGGCCAUUGCUGGUUUUUCAUCGAAUAUCGUCCUCAAGAAACUAUCACUGAGGCAAGUCGGACUUAUCGGAGCGUUUAUUUACACAUUAGCCUCAUUCCUAGCUAUAUUUGUGUCAUCUACAACACAAUUAAUUGUAACGAAUGGGUUCCUUCAAGGUCUAGGAAUGGGUCUACUUAUUCCAGUAUCCUAUACUAGUUUCAAUAGUUACUUUACAAGGAAAAAAGUGCUUUAUUUAAGUUUGUGUAAGGCUUCAAUUGGUUUGAUAACGAUGGUAUAUCCAUUGUUCAUAAAAUUUACGAUAACGGAGUACGGAUUUCGAGGGACGUUGGCUAUCCUUUGUGCAAUCUCCGCUCACAGCAUAUUUGGUGCCCUAGUCAUGCAACCUGUGCAAUGGCAUAUGGUGAAAAGAAUGAAGUCUUGCGAAAAAAUUGUCCUUAUUCCACCAACACCUGCUUCUGAAGAUAAUGACAACAAAUUCGACUUCUUAAAAACCAACAACAUCGCAAGACAGGACACAAAAUCCGUGCAAAAUAUAUAUACGAAAACUUAUGAAGAUGGUCAAAAGGAAUCGGGAUUGUUAUUCAUUCCGAAGUUAACAGAUUCGAGAAGGCUCAGCAUACCUGUAGUUCUGAUCCCCAGCGAUGCAAGGACAGACAGCAAAUUCAACUCUAGUGAUAAUGUAUACUUAGAGAACCUGUUUAAAGCCGCUUCGGUAUCCAGUUUGGGCAACUUUGGUAACAUUGUCGUGGAACCAAUGCCGAUCAUUAAGAACAAGGAAGGCAAGUGGCAAACAAUUGCGGAAUACUUGGAUUUAACGCUUUUAAAAGACAUUGUUUAUGACAACAUAAUAUUUGGGAUGUCGAUGACAUUUUUUGCGGAUUUAACGUUUUUCACACUCGAACCACUUUUCCUUGACAAGAAUAACCUUAGUAAGGCCGAGAUAGCGAACAUCAUAGCGGUUGGAGGCGCAACGGAUAUGACAGCGAGAUUAUUGCUCGGCCUUUCGGGACAAUUCUUUAAGCUGAACAGUCGCUAUAUGUUUUAUGCGGGUGCUUUAUUCGCCGCAUUAUUCAGAUUAGUUUUUAUACAGUUCACCACAUAUCUUCCUAUGCUGAUACUGACGGGGAUACUUGGAGCUCUCCGGUCUCUAGUGCACAUAGCGCAGCCCAUAGUGAUGGCUGAACACGUUCCUAUAGAACAAUACCCACCAGCGUAUGGCCUUUAUAUGCUUUUAGCCGGUGGUAUCAGCUUGAGUGUGGGACCUAUGAUAGGUUUUAUUCGUGACUACACGGGAAGUUACGUAAUUGCUUUCGUCAUGCUAGCAGUUUGCAACUUUUGUUGUGUCAUUCCAUGGACUGUAGAAGGCAUCAUUAUGUUUGUGAAACGAAGAAGAAGUCGAAACACAUGAUUUAAGUGAUUAUAAAAAUGUUAUUUUUAAAAAGACUUUCAGUUGAAAGGUGUCAGUGUCGAUUUAAACGUUUUACUUUAAAAUAUAUUGUGAUUGUUAAAACAAACAUUAUAACGCGAGUACCCAAAGAACUAACAAACUCAACUUCACUAUAGUGUUGACUAUUCAUUAAAUAAUCCAUUUAUCCAAAUAUGUUAAAAUAAUAACCGGAAUUAUCGGAAAAUAUUAUUGUAAAAUAUC